AUGAAAAAAGAUACUCAAGAUAAUCACAACGACGUAGGAUGGCGCUCCUUUGGUGUACUAGAUAUAGCAAGGGUCUUCAGCGGCUUACUUGUAGCUAAUGCUAUUUUGUCGUGGUUUUUCACCUCAUCGUCAACUUGGGGCUACGAUGGAAAAUGGAUCAAUCCUUCGUAUUUAUCGUUUAAAGUGAGGAAUAACUUUGUCAAUCUUACACUCGAUGAGUUGGCCAAGUACGACGGACAAGACAAAGCACUCCCAUUGUACUUAGCCAUCAACGGCAGCGUCUACGACGUCUCAGUGUCUAGGACUAUUUAUGGCCCUGGAGGACCAUAUUCGAAAUUUGCUGGCAAAGAUGCUGCUAGAGCAUGGGUUACGGGCUGUUUUGGCAAGCCAGAUGAAUUUACUUACGACUUGAGAGAAAUUGACGAAAAAGAAGCCAGAAAUGCCAUCCAGAAUUGGCAAGACUUCUAUGACAAUCAUCGCAAAUACUGGUAUGUGGGAACUGUUAUUCACGAAGAGAUAACAGGGCCUCCACCAGAGCCCUGUGAACAUGUAGCAUACCCCGGAUCAUAA